CCCGUCGCCAGGGGCAACCAGGCCCCGCCCCCUCCCUCCUAAGCGGCUGUCGGGCCCGGCCGUGGUCACAUGACAGGGAGCAUCCAGCGAGGCAAGAUGGCGGCGUCCGCGGGGCCGUCCUUCUGGCUGGGGAAUGAAACUCUGAGAGUUCCGGCCGCUCUCUUCGCCCUGAACAGGACCCGCUUGUGCGACCGGCUGAGAGCCCACAAGGAGGUGCCCAAGAAGGCCCUGGUCCUCUUGCAGGGUGGAGAGCAGACCAACAGAUACUGCACGGACACGAAUCUGAUCUUUCGUCAGGAAUCGUACUUUCAUUGGACAUUUGGAGUGACUGAGGCGGACUGCUAUGGCGCGAUUGAGGUGGACAGUGGGAACGCCAUCCUCUUUAUCCCGAGACUCCCGGAAAGCUAUGCCGUUUGGAUGGGAAAGAUCCAUCCCCCUGAACACUUCAAACAGAAAUAUGCUGUCAACGAAGUGCAUUAUACAGAUGAGGUAGCCACUGUCUUGGCUUCAAAGAGCCCUUCCCUUCUUCUAACUCUGAGAGGAGUUAAUACUGACAGUGGAAGCGUGACCAGGGAAGCUUCGUUUGAAGGAAUCAGCCAAUUUACCGUCAACAACACAAUUCUUCACCCAGAGAUUGCUGAAUGCCGCGUGAUUAAGACAGACAUGGAGUUGGAAGUCCUGCGCUAUACCAAUAAAAUUUCCAGUGAAGCUCAUAAAGAGGUAAUGAAAGCUGUAAAAGCAGGCAUGAAGGAAUAUGAGCUGGAGAGCCUGUUCCAGCACUAUUGCUACACCCGUGGAGGCAUGAGACACACCUCCUACACCUGCAUCUGUGGCAGCGGGCACAACAGCUCAGUCCUGCACUAUGGUCAUGCCGGAGCUCCGAACGAGAAGACCAUUGCAGACGGAGACUUGUGCUUAUUUGACAUGGGAGGGGAGUACUACUGCUACGGCUCGGACAUCACCUGCACGUUUCCGGCAAACGGCAAGUUCACUCCUGACCAGAGGGCCAUCUACGAAGCGGUGCUGAAGUCCUCCCGGGCCGUGCUGGCGGCGGUCAAGCCAGGGGUCUCCUGGCCCGACAUGCACCGUCUGGCGGACCGGGUCCAUCUGGAAGAGCUCACAAAAAUUGGCAUCCUCCGAGGCAACGUGGCCGACAUGGUGGAGGUUCAUCUGGGCGCAGUGUUUAUGCCCCAUGGGCUUGGUCACCUCCUUGGGAUCGACGUCCAUGAUGUGGGAGGCUACCCAGAGGGUGUGGAGCGUGUUGACCUGCCAGGGCUCCGGAGUCUGCGAACGGCCCGCAGCCUCCUCCAGAACAUGGUGCUGACUGUUGAACCCGGGAUCUACUUCAUUGACCACCUCCUGGACCAGGCGCUGGCUGACCCCGCCCAGGCUUGCUUCAUCAAUAACGAGGUCCUGGCCCGCUUCCGAGGCUCCGGUGGGGUACGCAUCGAGGACGACAUUGCCGUGACUGCCAAUGGAAUGGAGCUGCUGACCUGUGUCCCCCGGACUGUGGAGGAAAUCGAAGUGUUCAUGGCUGAAUCUCAGGGCAGCACCAAAUCCUUUGUUCCUGUCUCUAAGCAAACGGUGUAACCAUUAAGAGGCCAUCUCCUGCCAUGGCCACUGAGGUAACUCAUGUUGUCUAGCAAGCGCUAAGCUUUUGGCUUUGACCAAGGAAAGGAGCUUCUGGCUUCAGCCACUUUAUUAAUGCCACCAAGUGCCAUAUGCUGAAGAGUAUCUUAGGCCAGGCUGGCUGUUUAUAAGGAGCCCGACCCUGUUGACCUGCAGUAUAUUUUCGAAUGAUGGAUAUAGCUCUUUAUGGGAUUUUCUAACUCUAAAUAUAAGAUCAAAGAUCAAAAUACUCCUUUUUAACAACAGAGGGAUGGGGGAACUAGAGGAACUGUUGCUUUUGAGUGAUCAUUAUGCUGGAGAUUGUUGGGCUGAAAAAAAACAAAUGAAUAAAAGCUUUGCCGGAAAGAUCA